AUGGAAAAUAACCAAGAAUAUGAUUAUGAUUACCUUAUUAAAGUCAGUAUUGUUGGAGACAGAGGAACUGGAAAGACAUGUCUUUCUGAGAGAAUUGUUCAUGAUCAGUUUAUGUCAACAUAUCUCCCACCUACUGGACUUGACUAUAAAACUAAAUUUUAUUUCAUUGAAACAAAAAAGAUAAGAACUAGCUUCUGGGAAAUUUGCUAUUCUCAUAGGUAUUGUCCUACUGGAAUUGAAUUAAGAGGAUCAAGUAUAAUAUUGUUUAUCUUUGACAUGACUAAUCCAGAUUCUUUUGAGUCAUUAAAAUACUACUAUAAUAGAUGUUGUCAACAAUUUCCUCUUCUUCCUCCUAUCUUUUGCAUUGGAACAAAAUCGGAUCUUCCUCCUGCUGUAAGUGAACGUCAAAUUCUUAAACAACUGAAAAAAAUGAAUUAUCCACCUUUAUAUUAUUGUUCUUCUCAAACUGGCUCUGCUUGUAAGGAUAUUGAAUCUGACAUUAUUAAAAUCCUAUCCAAUAAAAUUAAACUACAGUAUCAUCAGUCAUUUCAAGAUAAUUUACCUCAACCUCAGUACAACUCCAAUCUUCAUUCCUAUUCAUCGAAAAAAUGCUGUUUAUCUUAG